AGUUGUGGGUUUGUUUCAACAACAGACCAUCCCUGCAAUGGACAAGAGUCAACAGCCACUUCCCCUUUACUUCAUGCUCUGUAGAUGAGCUGGCCAUAAAUAUAAUGUAAACUGCACUGCAGAUUGUCUUCAUGUAGCCUAAUUCAAUUUGCAGUUAUACUGACACUCAAAUCCCAACACAUGUUCACUGUAGGGACUGUGGGACAGCCUGAAGGAAAUAUAGCCCUCUAGGAGGGGGAUGAUUUGAAAGCAGUGUAUACUGUUUCAUAAACACAGUAAUAAACAGCACUCUCACCUUAUGCAUGAAUAUGAAGAGGGUCUCACUCUUGUGCCAUAUGGCAGAACUAUUGCAGCUGCCAGCAUAUCUACUGUAGAAGUCAAAGAAGCAACAGUUGCAUGUCUGAGUCUUCUAUAUUUAUAAUAUUUGCUACGAUACAGACAUGUGUAAAAUGACUGCACUGUGCUGCCCUGGCUGCAUCCUGACCAAGUGUCAAAUUUCAACAUCAUACCAGUGCCGUGUGCUUUGCUUGACGCCACAACUUUGCAGGGUGGUAGUAAUGACACAGUGACUGACUAGACCAUUGGCCAUCAGUCUCUGACAGGAAUCACUGAGGGAGAGAAAACGCAUGGGAACGCUGUCUUGGAAAAAGCAGUGUGACUGCAGAGUGAAGUAAAAAGUAAAGGGAGAGGAAAGGAAGGGGAGGAAAUGUCACUCAGCUUGUAUGAGUGUCUGACGGCAGUUGGGCUACAGCGUCACUAUGCCAGGUUUACUUCAGUGGGUGUUCAUCGUGCAGCACACCUUUCAGCGCUGACCAUAGAGGACUAUGCUGUCCUGGGAAUCCACUCUAUGGAGGACAGGACUCGGCUCUUCCACCUGGUCCAAAUGGUCAAAACUCUUGACCUUGAAUAUGAAGAUAGUAAUGAUGAUGAUUCUAAUGGUGGUGAUGCUGUAGGCUAUGCUGUCGCAGAUAGUAGCUUUACUUAUGAUGGUUGUGGAGAUCCUGGUGAAGAUGUAUAUGAUGAUGAGGAUGAGAAGGGUGCUGCUGUGAGUAAACUAAAUGCAACAAGUUUUUCCAAACCAUCAUGUGUUCGCAGACGGCUUGAUUUCAGUUCUGAAACCAUUGAUCAUCAUCUGAAGCUAUCUUCUCGACCAGAAGGCACUGUUCAUGUCAACACAAGUCAUAAUAGAAAGAAUGUACCAGGCCAGGGCAAAGGAUCAGCCAUACCUGUGCAGCUUGACACUGAAAGUGCUGUGGUAUGUGCCUGCAAAGAAAAGAACAACCACAGGCCAAAUGUCCAUAGUCAUCAAUCUGAUCAUCACACAGAAGCAAACACAAUGGGAGGAAAUGCCAUGUACAACUCUCACACCAGAUUAUCACCAAAGUGUGUAUCAUUUCAAAAACCAAAACCCAGGGCUGCAACAGCGGCAUCAGAUAGGUUUAGCAGCAAACCAGUUGGGCAGAAAGAUAGUAACGGGGCUACUGAACACAAGACUAAGCCAACGCCUGUUUAUGAAUCAAAAAGAACAGCUGGCUACAACUACGGACUACCACUGAGUUCCCCUCCUGCUCCAAACAAAAAGCAACCAGGGGGGCAGCGGAUCAGUGUGUGUGUGAGGAAAAGACCUCUGACACGCACAGAGUGCAGGGAAGGAGCGUCAGAUGUUGUGACAACUCCGGGUGGAGAGUGUGUGAUUGUCCACGAAAACAAAGAGGCUGUGGAUCUCACACAGUACAUACUACAGCACAGGUUCUACUUUGACCAGGUGUUUGGGGAGGAUAGCUCCAACGAAGAGGUGUAUCGAAGAACAGCAUAUCCUCUGGUGCAGCACAUGCUCAAUGGAGGCAAGGCCACCUGCUUUGCAUAUGGCCAGACAGGUGCAGGGAAGACUCACACCAUGUUGGGUUCUCCUGUCAGACCAGGGUUGUAUGCACUGGCAGUCCGGGACAUUUUUGCUCACCUCUCCUCCACUCACAUGCGCUCACCCUUCCUGGUUUAUGUCAGUUUCUUUGAAAUCUACUGUGGUCAGCUGUAUGACCUGUUGGACCAUAGAGAAAGGUUGUUUGCCAGGGAAGAUGGACAGAAGGUGGUUCACAUUGUUGGGCUGCGUGAUGUCAGAGUGGACUCAGUCAGCUCACUGUUGGAGGUGAUUUCACAGGGUACAGAGGAGCGCACACAAGGGAUGAGUGGAGUGAAUUCACUCUCCUCUCGUUCCCAUGCCUUGCUUCAGAUUCAGCUAAGAGAUACAAACCAGCAGAUUGCUGGAAGAAUGUGGUUUGUUGACCUGGCAGGAAGUGAGAGGGCAUCAGAUACCAAAGAACCAGACAGGCAGAGUCGCAUGGAGGGAGCUGAGAUCAACCAGAGCCUGUUAGCUCUUAAAGAAUGUAUCCGGUCGCUUGAUCAAGAGCAGUCGCACACACCUUUCAGACAAAGCAAACUUACUCAGGUUUUGAAAGACUCAUUUGUUGGUGACUCAAUGACAUGCAUGAUUGCCAACAUUUCACCUGGUCACUUUGCAACUGAACACACACUAAAUACACUGAGAUACGCCGACCGGGUAAAAGAGUUGAGGGGACAGGGAGGACUAAGAGGAGGAAGAAGGGGCAAGACAGUACCCUCCCCCAAACGUAACCUGUCCAACAGCAGCAGCAGCAACAGCAGCAGCAGCAACAGCAGCAGCAGCAGCGGCGGCGGCAGAGUCAACAAUGUUGGCACCCGAGGGAAAAGUCCCCCUAAAAAGCCAAAGUUAGGGAGACAAAGAGAGGAUUUUGGCCCCACCAUGCCUUCCACAAGAUUGGCUACGGGGUGCGCAAUUUUCUGCUCCACACCCAAAAACAGCAGACGGGGAGAGAAAACAAGUGCAAGAGCAGGAAAGGGGAUUGGACUUGAACACAUUACACCACUCAGAGGUUUGCUGGGAAUGGGUGAUAAGAGGGAGAGGAGGGAGAGAGGAAAUGGCAGGGAAGGUAGAAGAAGAGAAAGGUAUGGAGUAACAGACAGUGUAGGCCACUCAGUUAGUGACCAAAACAUUGUGGCAGGGCUGGUCUUGGGACAAGCAACAGAUGAGCAGCUUCACUUGUGGAAGGUACAGAGGGAAUCUGGAUUCUACCACAGAGAAAAAGAGAACCCGCAAAGCACUUUAAAAGGGGGAGGAAAGGAGGAAAAAAGAUGGAAAGAACAGAGAAGACAAGUGGAAAGCAGUAGAGUCACAUGCAGUGAAGUAGAAAGGCUAAGGGAAAGAGAAUUACAAAAGGAUGAUGAAAGGGACACGGAGAGGGAGAGGCAUCUGAGACAGUAUCACCAGCAGCUGCAGCAGUUUAUGCCCUCAUCAGUUUCUUCCUCUGUCCAUCUCUUCUCACCCUCUACUUGUACGUCUUCCUCUAAUCAAGCCUCUCUCUCUUCUUCUGUCUCUCCAUCUUUCUGUUCUUCUCUCCAACACUCUUCCCUUAUGUAUCAUGGUUUGGAAGAGGUUUUAGAUGCGUACCGAGCCAGGGUUGAGGUUAGUACAGAUGGUAACAGAGGACAGUCGUCUUUCUUCCCCAGUGGAAAGAUUUGCUUACAAACUGAAACCUCUCCAAGCUGCAAUAAAAAUAAGGAUGAAGUUGGUUGUGGUGACUCAGGUAGCUGUGGUGAAGAUUGGAGGGUAUCUAGGGAGGGAACAGAGGCAAGAUUUGGACAAGACAGGGGUAAUCGUGAAAAGAGGAGGUCACUGAAGUCAACAGGAGAAGGAAAGAGAAGAGUAAGGAGGGAAUGGAGGGAGUGGAGGCCAGCUGGGAUGGAGGAAGGAGAAGACAGGAGGUGGGCUUGGGUAGCAACAACAGAGACAGAGCAGGCAGACAGGAUGACAGGUGCAAUGCCAGCUGAUGUAGAUGCCUUAGUUUCUUACAACUGUGACUCAGAAGGGAGGAGAGAAGUGGGUGAGGAAGGACUAGAUGCCUCAGAUGCCCCAGCUGAUGGGAUGUGGGGUACUGAGGAGCGAGAAGGAGCUGACAGCUAUGGCUUACUGUCUACCCACAGCGCUAUUGACAGAAACAGCCUCUUUAACCACCCUCCUGUUGAGUCAUCCCAUCAACAAGCUCCAGCAGAACGACCCCUCUCCCCAGCUUGUGGACAGAACGCACUCCUAAUCCCUAAUAAAUUCAGUGAUUUUUCCCUUAAGUUAAAACAUACCAGAUGUACCUCAAACAUCCUGCCUCUACCAUUGCAAAAUGCUCAACAGGGAGUGCCAUCAAGCAGCUGUAGAGAGAAACAACCUUGGUUUGCUGCUCAUGCCAAUACAACGGAAAUGUCAAAUGCUCAAUCGGCCACACUACCUGUCACUAGUCCCAUCACAAAGAAUGGAUGUAAAAUACCAGCUGAUCCCCUUAACAUAUCUAAAAGUCCAGCUUACACUACGAUACACAACCAUCCAAAGGCCAAAGCCAAAAUGUCUGUUUUACCUCAAGAACAGACUGCAGAUUCUCUCAGCUACAUCAUGGACCCCCUCACCAUCUCCUUGCUUGAAGUGAACGAGCAAGUCGCCACAGCCUUGUUCCUCAAAGGGGAAAAGAACAACACCUCACACUGUCCGCUUGAGAAUGAAAGAGCAGACGAUGACAGAAGGGAAAUGGAAAAAGAGUGUCUCACAUGUGCAGAGAUGGCAGGGAAAGUUGUAGCAGACAAAGACGUAGAAUUACGCCUGUCUCUUUUGGAGCUGCCACAAGCAAAGACUCACUGCCCUCCCACCCCUGACAUCAUAACAGCUACAAAUUACACUGAUCGAAGAAAAGACAUGUGUUGUGCCACAUAUGACCAUUUUGGAAUAGGUAUGAUGAAGCCUCCUAUCGCUGAGGUUAUGCUGGUCUCUCUCCAGGACGAAGAGAACAAUCAGAAACCCCAAACUACGCCAGCUAUUAAAGUCUUGGGCAGCAGAACGCCUGGAUCCCCACUCAAUCCCUCUGCAUGUGCUUCUGUGCAGACUUCUGUCAUACAAUCCAUCUCAUCCUCUGUCCAUCAGUGUGGGAACACUGGUUCACCCAGCUCACACAAACUAACAACAAAUGGUGCCACCCAAAUGCCACCAGAAUAUGCACACAAUAUGCAUAACAAACUUGCUUUUUCCAUUUCAUCAACACAGUCAGAAAGUGUUUUGGGCCAGUUAAACACAGUGCAAAAGCCGUGUCACACAGUACAUAUAAACCAUUUCAGCAACUCAAACAUCUCACUCCAACCAAACGGUCCUAUAGAAUCAAAUAUUCAAGUGAGCACCAGCAAUCAGCAAAUAAGACCCAUAAUCCAUCUGUCAACGCCGAAAGACUUGGAUCAUGGCCAAUGGUGUAUUGUCCAGGCCCAUUGGGAGCAGCUUGAAGAGAUGGAAGCUUUAUGUCGUAAAGAGGGGACGCUUCUGUGCCAACAACCUGAUAUGGCAUUUACAGAAUAUGUCAACAAGCUGGAGGAUAUCAUGGAGAGAAAGGCUCGGUGUGUUCACAGCAUGAUAGCUCAGUUGCAGCCAUAUCUUAAGCCCAGUCAUUCUAACCAACCGCACAACCAAGAAGAAGAUAAUCACGGUCCAAUUACUUGAGCCUAUAGCAUGGCAUUUACGCAAAGCUGUGCUGUUUUUCACUGAAAACACUAAAUACAGUAUGAGUCAAUAUUAGUAUUUAUUUUAUUUUAUAAAUGUUCAAUUGACUUAAUGUGUGUGUUAAACAAGGGUUUUUGUGGGGAAACCUGCCAUGGAGACAUAUAUAUAUAUUUGAAUCAGAAGGGAAAAGUAUGCUCAUUUAUAAGUUUGUGCAUUCUGCAGAUUGAUGUUUGUGUGUGUGUGUGUGUGUGUGUGUGUGUGUGUGUGUGUGUGUGUGUGUGUGUGUGAAAGAGUUUGUUUCUUGUGUGCAGGUGUGGGGUUGUUGUUUCUUCCUAGAUCCUCAGUUCUGUAUAAAUGCUGAUUCAGAUGAAUAUAGUAUAUCAAAAAUCUUUUGGGGCAUUUUAGGCCUUUAUUUGAUAGGACAGCUUUGCCAUGAAAGGGAAAGAGAGAGGGUGAAUGACAUGCAGUAAAGGGCUGCAGGUCGGAAUUGAACAUGCAGCUGCUGCAGAGAGGACUGAGCCUCUGUACACAGGGCGCGCACUCUACCAGGUGAGCUACCCAGGCACCCUAAUAUUAUGAAAUUCUUACAUAUUUAUUAAGUUAAUCUUAGGGUGGAGAUGUACUACUGUGGAAACUUGUAGGACUGGUGUUUAAAAAAUUUAUUAUAUAUAUAUAUAUAUUUACUGUAUCUUUUCAUUUAACCUAAUCCAGCAGGGCUGUACUUUUGAAAACCCAGUCUUGGUCCAAUCUUGGGAGUUUCUCCUAGUAUCAGACUCAAAAUAAUUUCUCAAUUUUGGUCUUGCUUGUUCUUUUCUUGGUCUUAAAAAACUAACAUGAUCAUGAGACAUGACCUAUUAUUAGAUUUUCAGUUUCCCUGCUUUGACUAUAUUUGAUCUGAUUAAUUAAUUAAUACCUACUUAAUGAAUGACACUAAACCAAAGAUGCAAAACUAAUUUUUUGCUACCCUACUUAAAACUUGAGCUCAUGUUGUCAGCUGAGCUGUUUACUUGGCAGGUGGCAAACUGUUCUAAAACUUGUAGUGAUUUUUUUAAUUGUGAGAUUUUUGUAUUUUAUUUUUUAAAGCAAUGGUGUCUCAGAUGUUGUUGUGCAUGUUUAUUUGGUGUGUUUUUAGUUUUUAGCUAAGUCAUUGAGGCUAUUUGUUCUUUGAAAUAGUUCUAAGAGUUUAAGAUUUAAUUAAAUUGGCUUGAUGAUCAGA